ACCUGAUCUGGAGUAAAGGCAGCUAAGAAGGAUAAAAAGGAGUCAGCUGUCUUCUAGAAGCAUUUACCUGGACAUAGGUAUUGACAAGUGUGGGACAGAACAAAGCAGGUUUACUGAAGAAUGUCUGGACGUGGAAAGAAAAAUGCCAAACCCCCAUCAGUAUCAAAGAAAAGCAAGUCGGCAAAAGCUGGACUGCAGUUCCCAGUUGGCCGUGUCCUGAGGCUCCUCAGAAGAGGGCACUAUGCUGAGAGAAUUGGUGCUGGAGCUCCAGUGUACCUGGCUGCGGUGCUGGAAUAUCUGAGUGCAGAGAUAUUGGAACUGGCAGGAAAUGCUGCACGUGAAAACAAGAAAGGCAGGAUAGGGCCACGACACAUCCAGUUGGCAGUGAGGAAUGAUGAAGAGCUGAACAAGCUGUUUGCAGGUGUGACCAUUGCUGAAGGUGGGGUCAAGCCCAACAUCCUUUCCCAGCUUCUCCCCAAGAAAACACACACAGCUGUUCCUACAGGGGAAGAAUCCAGUCCUUGACUGAUUUUUUUUCCU